AGGGCGCCUGCGGGCGGGCGGCAGCGCAGCAGCCGUUCCCGGGGGCGGCUCCGGGCCCUUCCGGCGCGCCCGGGGAGGAGCCGCGGCAGCCCCGCCCGGCCGCUCCCGCGCAUGCGCAGCGGCUCCGGCGGCCGUUCCGCUUCCGGCGAUGGCGGCGGGUCGCGGUGUGGCGGCCGAGGCCUGCGUCGGGCAGGUGGUGCUUCCCGGGGACCUGCUUCUCCUGCCCGCCCACCCCGACGAGGACGGCGAGCGGCUGCGGCUGGGCGCCGGCGUGGCUCCGCGGGGCCGGCUGCUCUGCGGGCCGGGCCUGCGGCGGGGCGCGGCCGGGCUGCUGGUGACCAAGUGCGGGCUGCUGCGGCACCGCGCGGCGGGCGGCGCGGCGGCGGGAGGCGCCUACUGGGUGGACUCGCAGCAGAAGCGGUAUGUUCCGGUGAAGGGCGACCACGUCAUCGGGAUAGUGACGGGCAAAGCGGGAGAUGUGUUCAAGCUGGACGUGGGGGGGAGCGAGCAGGCCUCGCUGUCCUACUUGGCCUUCGAAGGCGCCACGAAGAGGAACAGGCCCAACGUGCAGGUGGGAGAUCUUAUUUAUGGUCAGUUCCUUGUAGCAAAUAAAGACAUGGAACCAGAGAUGGUCUGCAUAGACAGCAGUGGAAGAUCAAGUGGAAUGGGAAUAAUUGGACAAGAUGGCUUCCUCUUUAAAGUUUCCUUAGGCCUAAUAAGAAAACUCUUGGCUCCCAAAUGUGAAAUAAUUCAGGAGCUGUCACAAUUGUACCCGUUUGAGCUGGUGCUGGGAAUGAAUGGAAGAAUAUGGGUUAAAGCAAAAACAGUUCAACAGACUUUAAUUAUAGUAAAUAUUUUGGAAGCCUGUGAAUACAUGACUGCAGAGCAGAGAAAACAAGCUCUUGCCAAAUUAUCAAGGAAUUGAUAUAAGAAAACCUUGAGUAUUUGAGAUGACUGCAGAGUGUUUUGGUUAUUUUUGUAUUCAGAUUUAUAUUAAAAGCCAUUUUUAAUGAUG